AUGCUGCGUUUUUCUGUUUCCUUUUUGUUGUCUCUGUGCGGCGUGGCUUUGCUGGCGGAAGCCUGGUCUCCCGCGGCAUUGACCAAGAUCAGUACUAGUAGCAGCAGCACUAUUAAUAGAAGAACCGGCGUCUCUCUGUUCGCGCUACGAAGAACGCUUGGAAGAUCCGAAGAUGAGUUUUUCAGUCACAGCAGCAGGAGACUCUCGCCCAUGACAGCAGACAACCGCUUGGAUGAAUUUGAAUUGGAACGGCCAAGACCAGUGAGAGUGCGACGCCAAGACCCCUAUUGGCCUGAGCCUGAACAUGAACAUGAACCCCACUAUCAGCAUCAGCAUCAGCAGCAUCAUCAAGACUUGUACCAUUCUCGCUACAACGAUCAUCAUGCCCACCAACAUUACCCAGUACUGGUAGAUGAACAUGAACAUGAACAUGAACAUGAACACGAUGAUUUCUACCACCAACCCAGAGACUAUUAUGCUCCUUAUGCUGAUCAAGACCAAGACGACGCCUUGGAAUACCGGUACUCCUACGAGAGAUCUGAAUAUGACCGAGACCAUCACGGAAGACACUACGAGAAGGGAUACCAGUACGAAGAUGACCAAGACUACUAUCAACACACUUACCUCAGUCAUGUUCGCCAAGAAGACUACGGAACCACUCAGAGAUCCAUCACCACACAAGAACACCACGAUGUACAUAGUGGCGCUAUUGUACCAGUACACCAGCAACUUCCGCAUCAGAUGCAACAAGCCAGACCGGGACCCGGACCUGAUGCCAACUUUAGGACCAUGGUGCUGCAAGAUGAACAGGUUGACAUUAAUGCCAUUUACGAUGACGCGGAAUUGCUACUAGAGCAAGAUCCCGCUUGUGCCGAUAUUCUGGGCUUGCCACUCAGGUUGGAUCAUCCCUUUUCAAAAUCUUCCGCCACCACUUCCAUCAAUGGAGACACACAAUCACGCACCGAACUACAACUACAUGUCGAUGGACAGUGGAACUCGGGACUAGUACAGCUCGUUGCCACCAAUGAAGGAAUACUCAACAUGGUGCUCUUGAUAGAUGAAGAAGGACCGCAAGGGGGGUACCAUCGCAUCAACGUUAAUCUAGACGUAACAACCGCAUUGCCACCACCCAUCGAAGGAGGACCAGACCAGAACAUUAUUAUGGAAGCAGAAAUAUUGGACGACGGCGCUAUUAAUACUCCAUUGAUCUCAGGCGUGGAAGAUAGAACCGACAAUAUUCCUUUUCCGGUGACUGGGCCACCCAGGGUUCCUCCGGCGGUACGCAAAAGACCACCUGCCGACGUUGUACCUGCCAUCAUGGACGAACCACGACCACCACCAAGACAAGAGAUCGUGUAAAAGUUGGAGCAUCUCUCUACCGUAUCUGUCUCUCUUUCGCCCACGCCCUCGCAUUCAUGGGCAUGCAGGCAAGAGCAAGGAUGUUGCCGCCGCUGCCGCCGAUGCUGCUGUUCUUCAUGACACUCACUUCAUGUCUGUAUAUCAAUCAAGCAAUCAAUCAUUAAAAAAAUAACUAAACUUUGCACACCAAAUAACAUAAAAGUACGUAGAAAGGGUUAUACAGCAUUUGAAUCCAUGCAACCUAUAUAAUAUCUUUAGCCAAUAUCUUAGACCAACUACGGAGCC